UCUUCUGUCUUCGCCAGUUCACCAGCGGGUCGAUUUGACAAACAUGUAAAAAACACCUAGGAAUUACAUAUUAAAACCUCCACAAUUUGUAAUAAAUAGUGAAAGUAAACCAAAACACAGACUGCAAUUGUCUUAGUACAAACUGCAACACAAUUCUCACUCACAAUAAAAUGGGAAGCAACAGAGAAGACCCACUUUCAUAUAUAAACAACAGCCACAACCCUUCUUCUAAUUCUUCACCAAUCACUGUCUCCGACCAUCUUCUCGACCCAUCUGCCAGCGCUUCCAACAGCUUCCAAAACGACGCCGGUUUUCUCAACGAAAGCGCCGCCAGCAGUAGCAGUGAUUUAGAGUUCGGCUUCUCCAGACCCGAAUUCAGACAGAACCCAUUGGCUGGGACUGUUCAGUUUUACCAGCGUCAUGUUUUUUUGUGCUAUAAGAACCCUUCUGUUUGGCCCCCCAGAAUUGAAGCUGCUGACUUUGAUCGCUUGCCUAGGUUGCUGUCUGCUGCUGUUUUGGCUAGAAAAGCUGAUAUGAACAAAGAGACGCGCCUAACAAUAUGCGAGGGGCAUGACGGAACCGAGACCUCAAAUGGAGAUGUGUUAAUAUUUCCGGACAUGAUUAGAUACAGGAGAUUGACUCAUUUUGAUGUCGACACAUUUGUCGAGGAAGUGCUUGUGAAGGAAGGUGAAUGGCUGCCCGGAACUCCAGAAACAUUAAAGGGCUCUUACAUUUUUGUAUGUUCUCAUGGGUCUCGAGAUCGUCGAUGUGGUGUUUGUGGACCUGCUUUGGUUAGUAAAUUUAAAGAGGAGAUAGAACUACAUGGAUUACAAUGUAAAGUAUCUGUUAGCCCAUGCUCUCACAUAGGGGGACACAAGUAUGCUGGAAAUGUUAUGAUAUUUGGAUCAAGUAUCAAUGGAGUCGUCACUGGACACUGGUAUGGAUAUGUCACACCUGAUGAAGUAUCCAUAUUACUUGAGCAGCAUAUUGCUAAAGGCGAGAUUGUAGACUUUUUAUGGAGGGGACAAAUGGGUUUAUCUGAAGAAGAACAGAUCAAAUCCCAAGAACUAAGGCUUCAGCUAAACGGUGGGACAGAUGUAGGAGAAAACACGGAGGAGCUGAGUGGGACGCAGGUAGCUGGAGCUAGGUCCGAAGCAGAAGUUACGGGGUGUUGCCAGCAGAACGGAAAAUCAUGCUGCCAAAACCCUGUUUCAAAUCAUAAAGAUGAGAUUCUAGAGGCCGAAGAGAAGGAUGUAACGGUGUUCCCCGACAAGAAGAAGAGCAGCGAGAGGAUCCUGUCCCGGGUUAACAGUGUAAAAGGUAUGUUUAGGGUUUGUGCUAUGCCAACAUGGUUCGAUAGCUGGGAGCGAGAAGAUACAUAUGCAGGUCUUACUGUUGUCUGUGCCGCAGUGUCAGUUGCAGCUGCCUAUCACAUCUACAAACAGUCGAGAUAGAACUUUGAAAUCCUGCCUAUGACGUGCAUAAUUUCUUUGUGAAUGCACUGUUAGAAAGACUGAUAGUACAUGCGUAAAGGGUUUUAUGCCAAAUUUCUAUAUAUUUAUAUAUAUAUGAUGUGUGUAAAGGUAUUAUGUAUUAAUAAUUUAUUUGUUCUUGAAACUUGUAAAUUAUUCAUUCAUAUAAUCAAUGUAAAUGGUGGUUUUCUCCUCAA